ACAGUACUGGUUAAAAAACAUGCUCGAGUAAGUGCUAGAAGUAUACGAGGGAGGAAAAGUGUCGUGUUUAGGACAGGGAUUUUGCUAGGGCAUAACUUUGUAGGCUGUUAAGGGCCAAGCAAUUAACAUGAAAUGCCAACAUUUUACAAGGGUGAUUGUUUCCACGCCUGAUAAUGUGUGAGCACCACUUUAUUUGUUGAGCCUGAUAGAAGUCAUUUAUUGAUGAAGUUUUGGUUAUCGAGUGUAGCUCGUUAUUGGUCCGAAUGAAACUCCAUUCGAUUUCAGUCUUUUCAUUGGAUGUGCCGGAUGAUGGUUUGAGUGGGUCUCCAGGCAUGGCAGCCAUAUGUCAGUCUAGAAUGAACAAGUGAAUUCAUUAAGUUGAUUCUUAGUUUGAGAGGGAUAUUCGAGUUGAUCCUAAAGAUAUAUUUUAUACUGGAUUAAAUGGUCAUCCAAAGGGAAGUAUUAUAACAUUAGGUACCUCUCCCAUGUCUGGAAUUCGUCAAAAAUUGCAACAUAGAAUCUCUGUAGUACUUUAAUGAACAUGAGCAACGAAAAGGACCCUCUAUUGCCUGGCAAUACUACAAUACAAAAAAAUGAACAUUACAAUUCUUUUCCGUCAUUGAAUGAUGAAGAUGAAACAAAAGUAAUUGGUGGAUCUAGUGUCAACACAUAUCAUCGGAGGUGGUACAUUUUAACUUUGUUUUCGUUCCUUGCCUUUACUCAGGCUUCAUCUUGGAAUACUUGGGGUCCUAUUGCGGACACUACAAAAGCAGUUUUAAAAUGGACAGAUGGAGAUAUAGCACUACUAACAAAUUGGGGAUGCAUUAUGUUUUUGUUGACUGCUGUAUUUUUUUCAUGGUUAUUAGAUGUCAAAGGAUUACGCUGGGCGAUAUUGACGUCAGCCACGAUUCUCCAGAUUGGACUGAUUACGCGUUGUAUACCAGUCGGCAUUGAUAACAUUAAGUGGACAAUGAAUAUUGGACACAUAUGUAUUGGCAUUGCUGGGCCAGUGUUAAUGUCUGCACCAACAUUAAUCUCAGCCACAUGGUUCCCACCAACCCAACGUACAACCUCCACUGCACUGACCUCCUCGGCUGCAUACCUUGGCAUUGCUGGAUCCUUUCUCAUUGGUCCUGUUAUUGUGACUGAUAUUAAAACAAUAAAUCAGACAGAUGUGAAUGAAACAGCUUUCACUUACACAGAUAAUGGUUUUGAUAUAUCAGAAGCAACAAGACAUGAACACUUCCAAGAAAUCAUGAAGCUAAUGUAUAUAGAAUGUGCAUUUGGUGCAAUCCUGUUCUUAUGUGCUCUAAUAUAUUUUCCAGCCAAACCACCGCUGCCACCGAGUGUCUCAGCAUCAACAGUACGAGAGGAUUUUGUCAAAGGGUUGAAAAGAGUCAUAAAGAAUCCACAAGUAUGGAUCCUUAGUCUUUCUUACAGUAUAACAACUGGAUUGUUUAACAGUUGGAACACUCAGUUUGAUACAAUUUUCAGUAACACUGUGAAUGUUCAGCAGGAUGUUACUGGUUGGAUUGGAUUUUUCUCAAAUAUUGCAGGAACUGUAGGUGGCCUAGUGGUGGGAAGAUGUGUGGAUUUCAUGGGUGGACGUAUGAAAAUAGUACUUUUAAUUUUGACAACACUUUCAGCUGGUUUCUACAUUUGGGUAGUUUGUAUUUGUUCUAAAUACAUCAUAUUUGAACUCUGGCAGUUGUAUUUUGCGAUUGUCGCCGGUGCCUUCCUUGUUAGUAGUUCCGUACCUGUGUACUUCGAACUGAUGGUGGAGACGGCGUAUCCUGUUGGUGAGGGCACCACCACCAUGUUUCAAGCUAUCCUCAACAACUUGGUGGCGCUUAUCUUCCUUUUUAUACCAAUGAUACCGAAUCUUGGUGUGCUUUGGAUGAACUGGGCAAUGUUUGGGGCUUGUUUCAUAUGCAUUCCUCUACUUAUAGUGUUCAAGGAGAAUUAUCAGAGGCUUAAGAUGGACUUAAAGUGACUCCAUCAUCUGAAAUACCAGCAUAUAGUAUACAGUCCUUACAGUGUAACACUUUGCCUGUAUUGACAAAUUUAUAGACACAUAGAAUAUUGCAAUGACAUAUCAAUUGAAAAAAUGGUGGUGUUGAAUCUUGUAUUAGAAAGGGUGUACAAUGGUUUACUUAUUUGAUGAUGGUUUCCUUUGAAUGUGUUAUAAGAGGUCUACCAUCCAAAACAUAGGUGACAUACUACUACAGUAUUUUUCUAGAAAAAUUAAUUUUAAUUGAUUUUACCUGUUUUAAUAUUGUAUAA